UGUCAAAUGCCAUAAUUCAUUCCUGGGGAGAUACAUAGUUUGGACCUCUAACAUUGACAAGACGUGUCUGUGUUUGCCAUAUUGAAGGAAGGACGACUCUGCAUUUUGCUUAUUUGCCAUUCAAACCAGCCAGGGUCAACAGUGGAUGGGAAACUGACAUGAGCCAAUUAUUUUGAAAAUCUGAUCUUCUAUAGACGAUUCCAUCAAAUAUCUUGAGGACAAAAUCUAGCUCCCAGAAAUUUCGUGCUGGUACAUGGCGAGGGAGGCUAUGGAACGGCUCUGAAAAUUACGAAGAACAAAUUAGACUAAAUUUUUACAAUUUGGACGGAGGACAGGUAAUCUUGUACUGGAGAGCAGAUUUACAACGCCUGAAGACUAUUAACCCAUUCCCAACUACAAAGUUUCAAACGACCUACUGUAGAAAAAUCUUUAAAAAAUAACGGAACUUCAAUUAUUGUAUUUCAUCAACUGUAACUUCAUAUCAAUUAUUAAUGGAUUAAUUGUAUCACUCUAUCUAGGAAAUCGAUUUCUCAUCGAUCAAUCAUUAUAAAUAUUGAUAAAUCUGAUAAAUAUAUAAUACUAAGAAUUCACCAGGACUGUAAUAAUGACUAUUUGAUUUAUAGCUUUUAAAAUCUUGAAACUUUCUCAUUAUAAUAUCAAGAAUGUAAAUAAGAAGUUUCGUUUUAGUUUAAGAGGUGUUAUUCAUAAUUUUGAGGAAGACGUUUUGAAUGUUGCGGCCUGCCGCACCCAUACUAUAAACUAUUACUAUAGCAGACUACUAUAAACUAUUAUCCCACAUUAUACUAUUCAUAGCAGACUUUCUACUCACUCUUUGAGAGUGACUAAUAAUACUUCAACAAUUACUCAGUAUUCAGUAGGACAGUAUUUGUAAUAUUGGAACUUGUGUCCAAUCUUAUUAUCUCUCCUCUGAAUAGAAUAGUUGUUAGUAGAACCGAUUUAUUAAAUAGAUGACAGUUAUUUUCAUGACCAGGACUCAGAACUACUAUCAAAGAAUAUAGAUAAUAAGACAAUUAAAAAUCUUCACAGACUCUCAAUAAUCUCAAUCCUAAAAAGACCCUUGAAAUUGUAUACUAUUUUAUAAUGGAAGAUAUGAUUAUAUUUACCUGUGCCCUACUCAUCAUAAUGCUAGUUGUGUUGUGUUGUGGGUGCAGAGAUAAGAAGAAGCAGGAAAGUCCAGAGAAUGAAGAGGAUCAAGAGAGUUCAGAAAAUUUUGUGGACCAAAAUGCUACAAAUCCCCCUCCCUAUAGUGAAGCUACAGCUCCAGUACCUACAGUCAAUCCUGUAGGCUAUCCAGCAAACCCUGUAGGCUAUGUGAUGAAUCCUGUAGGCUAUCCCACAAAUACUGUAGGCUACCUGGCAACUCCUGUAGGAUAUCCGGUGAAUCAUAUGGGUUAUCUGGUGAGCCCUGUCAACCCUCCAGGGCCAGCCCCAGUGGUAAGCGAAGUACAUGCUCGCCCAGAGCGUCAAGCAAAAGUGGGCGCCCAAACUGCGACUAAGGGGCCGAAGCCUAAAGCUGCCAAGGGCCAAACGGCAGAGAAAAGAAAGAAUUGAAUACAUAUAAAGGUAAGAAAAAUCCUACCCUUGGAACAAUUCUACUCUGAAUUGAUCAUAGAAAAAAGUAGAUUUCGAUUUUAAAGUUCAUUAGAAGAAAUAUUGUUAAAGAAUUUUGAAUAACUUUCAACUUAAUUCCUUAUAUAAAACAUAGUUUUAGAUUAUUGGGCAAUAGUAUAUCAUUCUAUUCACAGUAUGAUUAGUAUUCGCAUCCCUGUUUGCUAAUUUAAUGAUUAUACUUAGCCAUGCUUCUGAAAUUUUAAAUUAAUGUAGUGUUAUGGACAUACUUUUUGUAUUACAUUAUAACUAUUUUUUUGCUGUAGAAUUCUAUUGAAUUGUCAAAUAAAUAAUAAAACAUUGA